GCAGGAGUGAGCCCACGGUGGAGAAGAAAAGCCUCCCGUAGCCAGCUGGGAGCUCUGCAGUGCCCUUGGGGUCAGAGGUCAGAGGUCCGCCAGUCGCCGCCGUCAGCCCUCCCCACCCAGCGGAGAUGGAGCGCUCAACCCGGGAGCUGUUUCUCAACUUCACUGUGGUCCUCAUCACGGUCCUCCUCAUGUGGCUCCUUGUGCGGUCCUAUCAGUACUGAGGGCCCAUGGUGCCCGCCGCCUGGCCCCCCGCCCCCCUAUCUGAGGGGCCUGCGGGGCUCUGUGUUCUCCCCAGGUGGUGCCCAGCUUUGCUAACGAGUGUUCGAUGCCUCCAACUCUUCCUGCAGCAGGUCCGCAAGCGGCCUGGGUGCGUGAUGACGUAGAGCUGUCGCGACUCCUUGCCUGGUCCCCACGUCCCCUCGGCCCACGCUGACUCCAGCCUCAGGGUCUCCAAAUCAACCAGGCGGGGGCAGCCUCAGCGUCUCCAUCAGCCCCAUGGCGCUCGUGGGA